AUGUCGAACGUUAAGAAACAGCUUGCUUUCCUAAACCGGAUCUGCGGGACCGCGAAACCCCAGGUGCUGGUAGACACCACGAAGGUUUCUGGGCUUAAGCUGACGUUCCAGGCGCAAUCACACAACGGCCACAUGGGGGCGCGCAAGCUGUGGCGCGAGCAUCUGCCGACGUUGCAGUUUUACAACCCCGGCCUAGACAUCCAGGUACACCGCGUGGCAAACAGCGAUAAGAAACAGCCCGUGCCCUGCGUGCUGGAGGUGCUUGGACACGACGGAAACGUGCUGCACCGCCUCGACAUGGCCCACAAGCACUCAGACACCAUCAUAGACGAGUUGCUGAGCACUGUCGAGCACACACCCGUACCUGCAGAGCAGCAAGUGCGUGUCUAA